CGCUGCCUACCGCUAAGCGCCACAUUGACUCCACAUGGCCGUGCCGCCAGAACAGCAGCAAUGGAGCGAGCGUGUCCACCUCUCCGGGCUGCUCGGCCUCGCCGUGGACGGCAGGGACGCGUCGGCGGCUCGCCAGAUUGCCGCGGAUGUCGCCGAAGGAAAAUGCUCACUGCUGGACCUGGUGGAUAAUAUGGGGGUCUAUCUCACUCACACGGAGACUGAGAUCCGUGCGCUGGGGACCCGCCUGCUCUCCGACGUCCUACAGCACAACUUGCGCAAGCUGCAACCCAAAGAGCUGGAAGUCCUCGCCUUGUUCUACGUUGACAAACUCCAGGACCAUUACACCGUCCUGCCCGGCGUGCUGCAAGGAUUUGUCGCAUUGAGCAGCGCCCCUAAUCUUCCCGUGGGGCUCGAGGUGCGGGUGCUGAAGGCCAUCUUCCAAGAUGUACACGUUCAGUCCCUGGUCUACUCUGAUCGGCGGAGCGUCUACAACAUCAUCGCCAACUUCAUGGAGACCAAAGAGCCAGAGCUGAAGGCACUCGGUACGGACUUCACGUACGGCUUCGUCCAGGCCACGGACGGGGAGAAAGACCCACGCAAUCUUCUCAUCUCCUUCCGUAUCGCCCACGGCAUCGUGUCACGCGGGUACCAGCUCGGGAGUUUUGUGGAAGAACUCUUCGAAGUGACCUCCUGCUACUUCCCCAUCGACUUCACGCCGCCGACCACAGACCCGCAUGGCAUCACCGCCGAGCAGCUGGUCCUGGGACUCCGGGCUGUGCUCAGCUCCACACCAAAGUUUGCCGAGUUCUGUCUGCCGCUUCUGCUGGAAAAGUUGGACUCGGACAUCAACAGCGCUAAAGUCGAUGCCCUGGAAACGCUGAUUUCCUGCUGUGAAGUGUACACGUCCGUGGAACUUGCACCCUCCCUCCCUAGCCUGUGGGCCUCCAUCAGACGAGAGGUUUGCCAGGUGGGCGGCAGCGGCAAGGUGGAGGGCGCCGCCCUGCGGGCCCUGCGAGCCGUCCUGGUCUCCCUUUCGCGCUCGGUGGUGCCCGCCGACGCCGAUGACCCCCUGACUCCCUUCCUCUGCCAGAUUCACGAAGAUUGCCGGCCUCCGCUCUUGGGCGCCGACAUGGCCCUGGUGUGGCCGAGCGCCAAGCUGCUGCAGGCGUGCUGCGGGGCGUCGUACCGCGCCUGUUCCGUCACCGUCUCGGCCAUCCUGCCUCUGCUGCUGCAGCAGUACGAGGAGCACCAGCAGCUGGCAAAGCGGCACACGGUGCUCGGCAUCCUGCGUGGAUUCCUCACCAAGUGCCUGGACGUCGCGUCCACGGAGGAAGUGGACAGCCCGGUCGCCCCGUUGGUCGAGCGACUGUGCGAGCUGCUGUACGGGGCCGUGACGGAUGCCGGCGUGCAGCUGCGGUGCGCCGGUCUCGCCACCCUCACCGUCCUGGCCAGGCUGCCCGCUUGCCUCGCGCAGGCAGACAUCAACUGCGUCGUGGGCCACAUCACGCGGCUGCUUGUGGAGGACUCUGACGAGCAAGUCAAUGGCGCUGCCAUGCAGGCGACCUCUGCCCUGGCUCCUCUUCACACUGACGCCUUCCUUGGCCUGGCUGUUCCGAGACUGCUCGAGAUUCUACACUCAGAUGAUGAGCGCUCCAGGAAGGCCUUGCAGUGCACGGAGCGCCUGUGCUGCCACCCGCGCCUCACCUCCGCCCUCGUUCCGCACCUCCUGUCCUUCCUCGGCUCCACGGGCACAGAGGAAGCUGCGCUGGCGGCAUGCGCCACCCUCCUGUCUGUGGCCGAGGCUCGGAGCGGAGUCGAAGAUUGCCGGCGCCUCCUCUACACCACGGCCGUGCCGCACCUCCUACGCCUGGCCGUGUGCGCCACGCUCCCGUCGAGACGCGCCGCAGAAUUCUUGCGCUCCGAGGAGGUCGUGGCUUCCAUCGCGAAGGUCCUGAGCACCUUGUCGAGCCGGGCGGCGGAGAGCAGCUGGGCGGAUGGCAUCGUUUCCCAAAUCGUGUCCUUAUUCCUGGACGGAGACCUGAGCCUCCUGCAGGAGGAUGGUGCAGCCGCAGCCUCCUUCCAGCCGCUCCACGCGGAAUCUCCGACGCCGCAGACGCAGCUGACGGUGCUACUCUCCGCGUGCCUCUCCUUCCUGCCCCGAACGGUGGCCGUGCCGUCCCAGGACCGACUGCUGCGGGCGCUCGUGCACCUGUGCUGCUGCUCGCUGCACGAGCCCACCUACUCGGCCUCGGCGAGCUGUCUCGCGGCCCUGCUCAACAAACACCCAACCGGGGAGGAAUUGGAUUCCCUGCUGGACGACUUCCUGGACAGAGUUCAUCGCGGUCUUCUGCCCUCCGAGCCCGCCGCUGAGCGGAGGAGAGCCCUCGUCUCGCUGCUCUGGCUCACAAAGGCGCUGGUGAUAAGAUAUCAUCCCACAGCGACCUUCUUGGUGAACCAGCUCGUACAGCUGCUGAGCGACCCGGAGCUGGGGCCGGCGGCGGCCGAUGGCUUCGCGCUGCUGACGAACGACACGGACGGAGAGCUGAGCCCCGCGGCGCACGCGGACGUGCGCCCGCUCUUCCGCCAGCGCGUGUACACGGAGCACGGGCACGUGCUGCUCCUGCAGCUCGCUUCCGCCCUGCCUGAUCACAAGGCGCACUGCCUGAGGGCGCUGUCACAUCUACUGGGAUCCCUGCCCAAGCAAGUUGUCCUCUCCGAAAUGCCCACGCUGUGCCCCGUGCUGCUGGACUCGCUGAGCUCGGCGGACGCGACGGUGCAGCGGUCGGCGCUCUCCCUGCUGCGGGAGGCGCUGUGCGACGCGCCGCUCACCCUGAGCGCGCACGUCGACACGCUCGUGACGCGCCUCCUGCUGCUCUGCGGCAGCGCGGCCAUGAGAGUGAGGAUGGGAGCCCUUCAGUGCAUCUGCGCGUUGGUGCAGCUGCCAGCGCACGUGGUGCUGCCGCACAAGCAGGCGGUAAUACACGCGCUGGGCACGGCACUGGAUGACCACAAACGGCUGGUGCGCAAGGAGGCCGUGGAAGCUCGGACCGCGUGGUACAUGCUGGGCUGCUGACAGGCGCCUUCCUCGCACCUGGAAAGACCUCCACACCGAGCAGCCGACCCGCAAACAGAUUGCCCUUAAUCCUAAUCGCUCAUCUUCUUUUUGGAUUCGCCCACUGCGAAGAUUGGAUCCCCCCCCCCCCACCGCCAUGCCAUGUGUUCUGCCCAAGGCAUUAGACCCCGCUUGGUCUACGACGGCGGGAUGCUCGGAGUGGGGUGAGAGAGGUGUGGGGAAGAUGAGGGAGCAGGAGGAGGAGGGGAGGAUGACGAUGAAGGCAGGCAACAUGACCUCCCUCUCUGCCUGCUCACUCCCACCAAUCUUGGGCGUGACCUCUUCCUGCAACCCGCAGCGAUCAGUAACGUUUUAAAUCUGCGCAAUAUACACGCAGCCGGCCCCCCGGGGGUUAAGAGGCUUUACUGCGAAUUGUAAUUAAGCCGUCGGGUUCGCCGCCGCCGCGAGGAUUGGCUGCCCAGUGGAAGGAGGACAAGGUGGAUUCAGCCGCACCCUCCGCUGUUCCGCGAGCAUUUCACAGCGCGGAUGAGACAGGGGCGUGUUGUUUGUUGAAUUAACGCAAAGGCCUUUUUUGUACCUUCCCCCCUCCCCACCCCCACCCGUGCAAUCGUGCUAAUUAAAGGUUUUUGUGGAGCGUGCCAA